UUCAAAAUGUACAUCGAUUUUUAUAUAUAUAUAGAUUUAGAAAAAAAUAAAUGAUUUUUAUUGCAUUUUUGUGUUGGUGCAACGGCACAAGAUUAGCUGUAAAAAGAUUGAUGCCGAAUUUAAUCGAAGCCACAAUAUUGACUGGCAAAGCAAAUGGGGAAUUUGUACUCAUCCCACGUAUUCUUCUGAUACCAAUAGACAUGCCAUUUGAAUUCAAACGGUUGCAAUUCCCUGUGCGCCUAUCAUUCGCUAUGUCCAUCAAUAAGGCACAAAGACAAACGCUUCAAGUAUGCGGUUUGGAUUUGGAGGAGCCGUGUUUUUCGCACGGGCAAUUAUACGUGGCCUGUUCAAGAGCUGGCACUCCAAAUUGUUUAUUUGUGUAUGCCCCAAAUGGACAAACAAAGAAUAUUGUUUACACAAAUGUGUUGGAUUAAUAAUAAAGAAUUUAGAAAAAAUAAAUGAUUUUUAUUGAAUUUUUGUGUUGGUGCUGCGAAGCGCACAGGAGUCGGCUAUUAGUUAUUAUAAAACUAAUUUUAACUGUACCACCUACGUGCUAUUAUUUUCGUUUGAAAAUUUAUGUCGUUUAUAGUAUUAUAUUCGUUUGUUGCUAGGGGAUCGAAAAAGAAAGAAGGUAAAUAAUAAACAUCUGAUUUAAGAAUUGCAUUUAGAGAAAGCAAUAACUGCACACGGGCGAAUUCUAUAUAUGGGCUAUGAAGUGCACGGGUUCAGCUAGUAAAUUAUAUAAUUAUGAAAAUGUUCAACCUAAUACCCCUCCCAAAAUUCGUUUUUGUGUACGCGUCUGGUCUGAUUCAUGUUUUUCUUUUUAAUCUUAGCUUAUUUUAUAUUGAUUUUUGAGUAUUCAAUCAACUUAACAUUUCUAUUUUCUCUCUCUAAAGAAUUUUUCACAUUCUUCUUCAACACCAUACUUCAAAAGUUUCUAUUUUAGCUUUUUCAGCUUUCAAUAUAGUCCAAGUCUCUGCUCCAUUAAGAUUACCGUCCACAUAAACAUUUUUACAGGUGAAUAGCUGAUAUCCAAACUUACUCUACUUAAAAUAAUUUAUUUCUCUUUUUAUAAUAGGCUUGUUUGGCCUGCGCUAUUCUACAUACUUAAUCUGUAUGACUUUUCUCAUCACUUGUGAUUUUGCUUCCCAAGUAUGUUAAACUUUAAACUAUCUCCAGCAACAUUUCAUCUAAGCCUACAUUUGUAUGAAUCUGCUUUUUGGUACAUUUAAGAAUUUUAGUUUUUCGUUGAUAUAUUUUAAUAUAGUGUUAGUUAAGCAUUUCGUUAAUUUUUUCGAGCAUGUUAGUUAGGUUUUCUUGUUUUUCUGUAAUUACAGCAAUAGAACCAGCUAAACGCAGCAUUUUCACAGGUACUCCUUCUGUUUUUACUCUUCCAAUGAUUUCUUCCCUACUUUUUCUAAGACUUCUUCUAUAUAUAGAAUAAAUUAGGUGAAUGAUAAAUUGUACCCUUGUCUUACCCCUUUAGCAA